AAGAUAACUUGCGUACCUAAAUGGAUAAUUGUUUCCAAAAUGUUUCAGGUUGUGGAAAUGAUCCUGAUCAACGAGGGUAGACCGUUCAAAAGUGGGCAUCCACUCCAUAUGCAUGGUGCAUAUUUUCGUGUGCUAGGCAUUGGAAAGCUCGGAAGUUCUAUUUCGGUUGAAGAAGUAAAGAAACUUCACGAGGAGGGCAAUCUAAGAUAUAAACUUAUAAGUCCUAGCUACCGUGACACAGUAAACGUACCUGACGGAGGAUAUGCCAUCAUACGAUUCAGAACCGACAAUCCAGGUCUUUGGUUCUUCCACUGCCAUGUUGACUCUCAUCUAGCCCAGGGUCAAGCCAUGUUGCUGAAGUUUGGAGAUUUUGCAGAGUAUCCAUCGAUUCCAGCAAACUUUCCUCGAUGUGGAAGUUGGGGCAGACAUGUGUACAAAGAUGCAACUCACAGGGACCAAUGUCCUCAACAACCUGUGCAGGAGUGUAAAGAACCAACCUCGACCGGAAAUCGUAGCCUGCCGCCAUUUUCUUUGUUUCAGUUGACCAUCUUCCUCCUACAUGUUUAUUGGAUAAAAUCUGGAUUGUUAUAGAAUGCAUCCGACUUUGUCAAACUAGUAGUGCACACUGGUUGCAUUUCUUUCUUUCUUAACAUUCCAUUAUAGGUGAAAUAUCAUGAAAGACCAAAUAAUUAACUGGAAGGCCUUUUCUGAAAGCUUUAAGUAGGCCUAAAUACAUGUAAGUGUAAUAUUCUCAACUGAUAUCUCGCUUCAUCUGCAAGAUGUGACUUGAUCUCCAUGGAAAUCACAGGGAAACAUGUUAUGAAUUUGAGUAAAUGGUGUAAAAUAUGGAUAUAUCUGUGUUUUGUACCAUAAAUCAUGUUAUUAUUUUUUCAAAAUAUUGUAGAUAUGUUUUUUAUUCAUACGUACCUCCAGCGUGAAAUCUAGCGGUAGUCAUAGUUUUAGUCCCUAUCUGUGUCGCGUCAUGUCGGCGGAUGUAAGUCACCGUUACCGCUUUUCCUUGCGGACCACAAGGACCUUUGUAUUAAUCUCUUGGAUCGGAUUAGGUCACAUUUAACCUCAACUUAAACCACCUAGAUCUUGUGCCCUGUAGGGGCAUUUGCCUAUGUGUGACGCUGGUUGUAAUGCAGGUCCUAGUUACAUUUUAAAUGAAAUGCGAAAUAUCUCCUAAACCGAAAUAGGGAAAAGUUACUAUAGAAGUUUAACUGAAAGUCAUAUGUGGAGGUGCCAAAUAUGACCUUGGAUUUGACCUUCAACAUUUAUGACCUGUGCUUGCAAAAUUAUUGUGUACGAGGAAAAAAAAACUUACACCACACAAAACUUACAUGUCUGAACGACAGGUCUGGGAAGAAAAAUUGUUGAAUUUUCCUUUCAAUAGAAAAUGCUACUUUGUAAAGAUUGAAACAUCUGGCGGCGGUAUCACAGGUAUGAUCCUCAAGUUAUGAUUAUAUUUUAUCAUUAUGUAUCUUAUAUACUGUAUGCACAUGCAGUAGGACUCUCACACGUGUGGACUAGUACAAGAAUGAAUGGAUCCUAUUUUUGUCCCUUUAACUUCAGGCAGUAAUUGUGUUUUAAAAUAUACAGAGAUAGAUAGACUUUAAGACAAAGACAUUUAUGGGGUUCCAGACAGAUAACUUUAUAUUUUCAGGUGUAAUUCACACAGACUCUAUCUUAACAAUUCAUAUAUUUUACGAAUCUUACUUGCCGGAAUAAAAUUUUAU